AAAAGAAAAAAAGCCACCAAACCAAACAAUCCCCAAAUGACAAAAGGCUAACAAAUACAAAAACAAAACCAAAACCAAACCCUCUUCCGCGACCUUCUAUUCUCAUCGUCCUCUGUCUCUUGCACAAAUAAAACUUACCAUUUCAAUCAAAAGUUCUCUCUUUUUGAUUCACAUUCUCUCCAGACAGGAUAAUAACAACGGAUAGCUAACUUAACAAGGGAGCAACAAUAGCUAUGGCAAAUAAUGCGGCUUCUUGCGCCGAGAGGGCUACUAGUGACAUGUUGAUUGGUCCAGACUGGGCCGUAAACAUUGAGCUUUGUGAUGUCAUCAACAUGGAUCCUGGGCAAGCAAAGGAUGCCUUGAAAGUACUCAAGAAGCGACUAGGAAGCAAAAAUCCUAAGAUACAACUCCUAGCCCUUUUUGCAUUGGAGACUGUCAGCAAAAAUUGUGGUGAGAAUGUAUUUCAGCAGAUCAUUGAGCGUGACAUCCUGCAUGAUAUGGUUAAAAUAGUGAAGAAGAAGCCAGAUCUGAAUGUCAGAGAAAAGAUCCUUAUCUUGAUAGACACAUGGCAAGAAGCUUUUGGGGGACAAAGGGGGAGGUAUCCCCAGUACUAUGCUGCAUACAAUGAACUAAGGGCUGCUGGAGUUGAGUUUCCACCCCGAGCAGAGAACAGCGUGCCACUCUUUACUCCUCCUCAGACACAGCCAAUUGCUCAUGCACCUUCAGCAUAUGAAGAUGCUGCUAUUCAGGCCUCUCUGCAAUCUGAUGCAUCAGGUCUAAGCUUGCCAGAGAUUCAAAGUGCUCAGGGACUAGCAGAUGUGUUAAACGAAAUGCUUGGUGCCUUGGAUCCUAAGAACCCUGAGGGUGUCAAAGAAGAGGUGAUUGUUGAUCUUGUUGACCAAUGCCGUUCUUACCAACAGCGUGUCAUGCUUCUUGUGAAUAGCACAUCAGAUGAGGAUCUUCUAUGCCAGGGAUUGGCGUUGAAUGAUAACUUGCAGCGAGUACUUCGUCGGCAUGAUGAUAUCGCUAAAGGUACCCCUCCUGCAGUAGAAAGGGAAGCUGAUACACCAGUUGUGCCACUUGUUGUUAUCAAUCAUGAUGAAGAUGAGACAGAAGAUGAUUUUGCCCAGCUGGCUCACAGGUCAUCAAGAGAAAGUUCACAAGGACGUGCCAAGAAACCAGUCAGUGUCAGGACUGAACCAACAAGACUGAGUCCUCUGCUUCCUCCUCCUCCUGCAUCAAAGAAGCCAGUCAGCACGGGCUCCGGCACGAUUGAUUAUCUCAGUGGUGAUGUCUAUAAUUCACAAGGUUCUCCUCGGAAUUUGGAGACCACAUCCAAUAAUGUUCCACCUUAUUUCAGCUCAAACUUCUCACCUCCACAUUCUCCAACUUUGUCAGCCCCAUCUCCUCCCCCUCAUGCUGUAAAUUCAUCAUCUUUGAUCUCUGGGAGGCCUUUAUAUGAUGAACCAGCUCCAUUAAGCAAAUCUGCUGAUCAGCUACCUCCAGCUCCUUGGGAUACACCUUCUCACGGAUCUCUUCCACCCCCUCCUUCCAAGUAUAAUCAGAGACAGCAAUUCUUUGAGCAAAGUCAGGGACCUAUUGGCAGUUCAACUGGUGCCUCUUAUGAUAACUUAGUUGGACAAACCCAGAAUAUCUCGCUUAAUUCAUCAACCCCCACCAAACAAGCAAAACCUGAAGAUGCUCUAUUCAAAGAUCUGGUUGAUUUUGCAAAAGCCAAGUCAUCUUCAUCGUCCUCCAAACCCAAUAGAUCUUUUUAGUCAGUAUAGUUUAUCUGUGUUGGUACAGCAUAUGGAUAUUUUUAGAUCAUCAGGUUUUGCGUCAGACUAUGAGAUUGAUUAUUACCGGUUAAUAAAUGUCGGUUUAAACUGUGUGGCUUGUCUAUGCUGUGUGGCAAAAGUUUAUGUUGAGAUGAACUGCGCAUUGAAUUUAUUCUAGUACAUAUUUUAUAGAGUUGUAUGAUAUUGCUGUGCUAUAAUGGAUUCCCAUUCUUUAUUUUGUUUC